GCCAUUUGCAUCACAAUGAUCAGGUUUAGUCACCUUUUCAACCAGUUAAAACAAGAUGGGAUACUGCCAUCUAGCCAAAAGUCGAAUGAUGAAAAGAAUUAUGACAUCUGUGAUGAAGUAGCCAUCCGUGCUGAAAUAUCCCUUCGUGCCGAACAAGAUCUUGCCGAAAAGCCAAAGGAGUCUGCCGAAUAUGAUCCCGUUGGGACUGCUCCUGCCACUGUUGGGCCUACUCCUGAAGAAAAGUCCUACCAAGACAGUGACUACGAUGGAGAUGAUCACGCCUCUUUGUCAAGUGGUUCCCUCUACAAACCUGGUUCUCAGGACAUAGAUUCAACUGAUGAUUCAAAUGCAGGUGUUGAUCAACAUGCAUGCGAUCUCCAUGCUUUUCUGUACGAUGGAAUCAGCGUCAAUAAUAACAAUGCUAUACAACCACCAGUUGCUAAAAGACCAAGAACUGAUCAGGAGAAACAAGUGCGAAAUAAAAAAAUGUAUCCAAUGCUGGCACCGUGUGGGGAAAAGUGUCGGAAACAGUGUACCCAACAUAUUUCUACUGAGCAACGUGUGAAGAUACAUGAUGAAUUUUGGACAAUGGAUUACAAUAAAAGGCGGAGGUGGGUCUACUUUCACGUAAAGACUACAAAAACGAAACGUCCACGAAAGGAAUCUACAGGAGCCAAACCGAGAGAAAAAACAAGGUUAUAUGUUUGUCCAGAUGAAAAGAGCCAAGAAACAUUCGUAUGCAAAACCUUUUUUUUUUUGCACACCCUUGGGUUUCGUAGCGACAAAGUAGUCACUACCGCUUUGUCAUCUACACCAGAGGGCGCCAUUUCCCCUAUGCCUGAUGCUAGAGGAACCCAUGCCCCAAAGAACAAACUUAAAGAUGAAAUAAGUGAUGCAAUGCGUGACCACAUCAGAUCCUAUAACCCAGCCAUCAGCCACUACAGGAGAGAGCAUGCACCAUAUCGGCUGUAUCAGCCACCAACCUUCAGUAUCAAUGAGAUAUUUUCAGAUUUUAAGGAAACACCUGUUGGUAGAGAGGGGGUAUGUUACGAAACCUACAGGAAAGAAGUGACUAAAAUGAACAUUAGUUUCGCUAAAUUAGGAGAGGAAGAAUGCGAGGUAUGCUUGGUCCUUGAAAAACAUGCCCAUGAAAAUGAUGACCCUGCACAGUGCAGUUUGUGUAAGGAAUGGCGAGAUCACGUUGAAAACUUCCGCAUUAGCAGAGAAAUGUACCAAGCUGAUAUUAAGAUGGUUCAUCCAGAUAAUGAAGCAUAUUUCAGUGUCGACAUGCAAAAGGUGAUUAUGAUGCCCCGCCUUCCUGGCAACAAAACUUCCAUUUUUACGAGACGUCUUGUGUUGUUCCGUGAGACCUUUGCGCCACUUGGCAAGUCGUCUAAGGACAAACCAGUUUGCGGUAUCCUCUGGCAUGAGGCUAUUUCCGGGCGGAAUGCAGAAGACAUCGCCAGUGCCAGGGACUGUACGGUCUUUGUAUUUUGGGCGGACAAUUGCACUGCUCAAAACAAAACUUGGACACUCUUUACGGCACUUACUUGUGAGGUAAACAAACAAGGUGGACCAGAUGUGGUCAGAAUUAAGUACCUAGAAAAAGGCCACACCUUUAUGUCAGCGGACUCGUUUCAUGCUAGAAUUGAAAUGGGUCUACGAGCUAAAAGAAAUGUGUAUGAUUUUGAUGACUUCUGUGAAGUUGUUUCGAAAUUUGGGAAGGCACUGCCCAUGGAACACACCGAUUUCUACAAGUAUAAGAAUGAAUCUAGUUCCGCUGCAUUCACCAAGAAGCCCCACUUGAACAAUGUUCAAGAGGUGAUGUUUAAGCGUGGAUCCAGCAACAUAUUCUGGAAGGGUUCCUUGGCCGACGAUACUUACCAGGAUGGUGCAUUUCUGAAGAAGAAGGUAGCACGAGCAAUAUUGGGUGGACUGGAAAUCCGCCCACUUGAAGUUCCACGAGGCAUUACUGGCGCAAAAAAAAACGACAUUGUCAACAAACUUUGUCCAUUCAUGCCGCAAAAUCUGGAAGGACUUGACAGUCAAUGAUCUGGUAGUUGACUUGGUGGACCAGGGGAGUGUUGAGUGCAAUAUCACGGAAGGUUAAAGCCCCAUACACGUAGAGUAUAUUCUGCAUGGACAUACCACACAUUUUACUACACGUUUUCUGUAUUGAUAUAGAUUUUGCAAUUAAAAGAGUUACUUGAACAAU